UAUUUAUACUUAUCAGCACCUUCUGUGGUUGACAUUUCAAAUAACAAAAUCGAACAUCAAAAGCCCUUCAAAUCAGAUGAAAUUUUUCGAAAAGAAUCAUCCAGGAAAAGAAUUUUAAGUUGAAACAUUUCGAGACCUAACCUAACUUCCAGGACCGACCGAACCUUAGGAAAGGGUGAAAAUGGGUAACACAGUAUCUGCAGCGGAGAUAGCAGCCUCGCAAAUAGUGAAUCCGAAUGCGCCUCCAUCGUAUCACUAUGCACAUCACCACCAUGUCCAAAACUACCAACAUUUCCAAGGUGAAAUCCCACCAGAGUGUCCAAUGCACGCCCAGAAUAAACCGAAGUUGUCUCUGGGUUCGGAGUGCCCUGUAGGAGGGGCUAGCGGGGAUAUAAACCCCCUGAAUAUGGUGAGUUUCGCUCUUAGAUGUGUUCAAUCUGUGAUGAAUUCUUGUGUGAAAUAAAAGUUAGUUGAAACUCGUGUUUUGGUGUCUUUUGUGUAGAAUGCUAGCAAACAAGCUAUGAUUGUGAUCUGGGCUCAAAAUGAGACAGGAAAAUAAAGAUGGGUCCAGCCAAUCAAAGUCCAGCUCCAGGACAACCAUUUCCUCUGUCAACUGAUCGUCAAACAUCAUCCAUACCAAAGGCCAUAGUAAAAGAAGGAGAAAGUCCAUUUUGGGUAUACCCCAGUCCUCAGAUGUUUUGGAAUGCAAUGUUGAGAAAAGGAUGGCGGUGGAAAGAUGAGGAUAUAUCUCCAAAAGAUAUGAACGAUAUCAUAAAAAUCCACAAUGCAAACAAUGAACAGGCCUGGCAGGAAGUGUUGAAAUGGGAAGCGUUGCAUGCUGACGAGUGUUUGCAUCCUAGAUUGAAGAGUUUUGGCGGCAAAGCGUCAGAAUACAGUCCUCGCGCUAGAAUACGAUGGCUGAUGGGGUACGAGCUACCGUUUGACAGACACGAUUGGAUAGUGGAUCGGUGCGGUAAAGACGUGCGAUACGUCAUCGAUUACUAUGACGGAGGGUCCGUUGAUGACAAGUACAAGUUCGCAUUGCUCGAUGUCAGACCAGCUAUGGAUAGCUUCGAUAACGUAUGGGACAGGAUGAAGGUGUGCUGGUGGAGAUGGUUCUACAGUGAUGAGUGAAAAAUGGUCGCAGUUUUAUCCUAGGGUUAGGUUCUAUCUAGCACAUUAUGUUGAAUGAUUUUGUAUAAAUUAUACAAAUAUUUAGUCGAAUGUCGAGGCAUUUACUCAUCUGUUGUUAUUUAUGAAACGUUAUUGUCAACCUUUACAGCCAAUAAAAAUGUAUCGUCUGUGAA